CGCCCGCCGCCGCGGAGCUGUCCGCUGCGCAGUGCGGGGCCGGGAGCCUGUCCGCCGCCUCGGUGCCGUGGAUGGGAGCGGGCGGCCCGCGGCACAGCGCGCAGGAAUUUCUUCUGGGUCAUCCAAAAUGCUUUUGAAGCAUACUGGAUAAGAGCUGAGCCACCUGCCUGUUUGAGACUUCCAUACUCUCUAUUCUACUGUCUUCCGAUGGCAUUUUGACUGCAUCGAGGCCACGUGACCUGCUGCUCAUGAUGAGCGAUGAGAAGAACCUUGGGCUGUCCCCAAAAUUGGUCUCCCCUUCCAGGAGCCCGAGCACCUGCUCCUCCAAGCAGGGAAGUCGGCAGGACAGCUGGGAAGUGGUGGAAGGACUGAGGGGAGAGGUGAACUACACCCAGGAGCCACCAGUCCAGAAAGGGUUUUUGCUGAAAAAGCGGAAGUGGCCCCUGAAAGGCUGGCACAAGAGAUUCUUCUAUCUGGACAAAGGAAUCUUGAAGUAUGCCAAGAGCCAGACGGAUAUCGAGAGGGAGAAGCUGCACGGCUCCAUCGACGUGGGGCUCUCGGUGAUGUCCGUGAAGAAGUCAACCAAGUGCAUAGACCUGGACACCGAGGAGCACAUCUACCACCUGAAGGUCAAGUCGGACGACGUGUUUGACGAGUGGGUGACCAAGCUCCGCCACCACCGCAUGUACCGGCAGAACGAGAUCGCCAUGUUCCCCCACGAGGCAAACCACUUCUUCCCGGGGCAAACCGUCACCGACUCCGCGCCCGGGGCCCUGGACCCCCUCUCGGGUCGGAAGCGGAGCAGUUUAUCAAAGCAGAACUCCUUUCAAACCGGGAGCAACCUGUCCUUUUCCUGCGGAGAGAUUCGCGUCCCCUUGUGGCUGCAGCAUUCGGAGGACAUGGAGCAGUGCUCGAAAGACCUGGCCCACUGCCACUCCUACCUGCUGGAAAUGAGCCAGCUCCUCCAGAGCAUGGACGUCCUGCAUCGGACGUAUUCCGCGCCCGCUAUCAACGCCAUCCAGGGUGGAGCUUUUGAAAGUCCCAAAAAGGAGAAAAGAUCGCACAGGAGGUGGCGGUCCCGAGCUAUUGGCAAAGAUGCUAAAGGAACACUACAGGUGCCUAAGCCUUUUGAUGGCCCACAAAGACUGCAUUCUUCCAAUCCCAAUUUGUCAACACUAGAUUUUGGAGAAGAGAAAAAUAAUUCUGAUGGCUCUGAAACUUCAUCUGAGUUUUCUAAAAUGCAAGAAGAUCUGUGUCAUAUUGCCCAUAAAGUUUACUUCACUUUAAGGUCGGCUUUUAACACCAUCUCCACGGAGAGGGAGAAGCUGAAGCAGCUGAUGGAGCAGGACGCCUCGUCCCCCUCCGCCCAGGCCCUGGGGCUGAAGCGCGCCCUGUCCUCCGCACUAGCACAAAACACAGACCUUAAAGAACGCUUGCGCAGAAUCCAUGCCGAGUCCCUGCUCCUCCAGCCCCCUGCUGCUGACAGCCUGGCAGAGGAGAACUCCACCGACGACAACCGGCCCCUGGUCCAUCAGCUCUCGAACGAGAGCCGGCUCUCCAUCACCGACUCCCUGUCGGAGUUCUUCGACGCCCAGGAGGUCCUGCUGUCGCCCAGCUCUUCUGAGAACGAGGGCUCCGAGGACGACUCCUAUGCCAGUGACAUCAGUGAUAACCUGUCCGUGGACAAUCUCAGCAAUGACCUGGACAAUGAGAGACAGACCUUGGGGUCGGCUCCGGAGAGCGGCGGGGUAGCCACGUGCAGGAGGAGGACGUGCCUGCCGGCGCCCUGCCCCAGCAGCAGCAGCGUGAGCCUGUGGAACAUCCUGAGGAACAACAUCGGCAAGGACCUGUCCAAGGUGGCCAUGCCCGUGGAGCUCAACGAGCCACUCAACACGCUGCAGCGGCUCUGCGAGGAGCUGGAGUACAGCGAGCUGCUGGACAAGGCCGCGCGCAUGCCCAGCGCCCAGGAGAGGAUGGUGUACGUGGCCGCCUUCGCCGUGUCGGCCUACGCGUCCAGCUUCUACCGCGCCGGCAGCAAGCCCUUCAACCCGGUGCUGGGCGAGACGUACGAGUGCAUCCGCGAGGACAAGGGCUUCCGCUUCUUCUCCGAGCAGGUCAGCCACCACCCGCCCAUCUCUGCGUGUCACGCUGAGUCUGAAAAUUUUGUUUUCUGGCAAGAUGUGAGAUGGAAAAACAAGUUCUGGGGCAAAUCCAUGGAAAUCGUUCCCAUUGGCACAACCCACGUGACUCUGCCGGCUUUCGGGGACCACUUUGAGUGGAACAAAGUCACCUCCUGCAUCCACAACAUCCUGAGCGGGCAGCGGUGGAUCGAGCACUACGGGGAGAUCGUCAUCAAGAACCUGAAUGACGACUCCUGCCACUGCAAAGUGAACUUCAUCAAGGCAAAAUACUGGAGCACGAACUCCCGCGAGAUCGAAGGGACGGUGUAUGACAAGAGCGGGAAGGCGGUGCACCGGCUGUUCGGGAAGUGGCACGAGAGCAUCUACUAUGGCGGCCCGUCCUCCUCCACCUGCGUCUGGAGAGCCAAUCCCAUGCCCAAAGGCUACGAGCAGUAUUAUGGCUUCACACAGUUUGCACUGGAAUUAAAUGAAAUUGAUUCAUCCUUGAAGACUUUAUUACCACCCACUGACACUCGAUUUAGGCCAGACCAAAGGUUCCUGGAGGAAGGCAACGUGGAGGAGGCCGAGGCGCAGAAGCAGCGGAUCGAGCAGCUGCAGCGGGACCGACGGCGGGUGCUGGAGGAGAACGGCGUGGAGCACCAGCCGCGGUUCUUCCGGAAAUCCGCUGAGGACUCCUGGGUGAGCAACGGCACCUACCUGGAGCUGCGGGAGGACCUCGGCUUCUCGCAGCUGGACCACCCUGUGCUGUGGUGAGGGGCGAGAAGCCCGCUGCGUUCCCGUCCUCCCCCCGCGUCGGCCUCCCCGAGCCACAAGCCUGUGUCUGCGUUCUUACGAAGCCUUCCCCGACGAUCACUGUGCUUGGCGUAGCGUUGUAAGGAUUCAAGUAUAUAUUUUCUUCGGUUAGGGUUCUUUACAAUUUCCGAUGUUAUCAUGAUUGUUUAUACGAAUGUAGAACGCCUCGAUAUUGCUUUUUUUUUUUUUUAAAUAUAUAUACAUAAAGUAUUUAAUAAAAAUGGAAGAUUGAAUGUUAAUGCGUGGGUUGCAAACGAAGCUUUAACACUAAUCUCCCAAAGGUGAGGAGGUUUCAGACUAAAUGGAUGCCUUAUAAAAUGAACGUACAUUAAGAAAGGAGAAGAAUGCCCGGGGUUGCUCACCCACGCGCACACCACCCAGGUUCAGUCUGGCGGCUCAGUCUCUGCCUCGGACCGCUCCCGGCUGCUCACACAGAGGCCCGGGGACCUGCGUCUGCAUGGUGGUGGCUGGGAGGGCAGCGGCGCGCGGACCCGUGUGUUUAUAGAAGAUGCACGCAGCGCCUUCUGGAAGAGGAAGCCUCUGAGCCAUCCCUCCCUGUGCUGGGUGGCCUCCCAUGCAGACUGGACCGUCACUCAGAGGAACUACCCUUAAGCCGAGCAAUCCCCAGGAGGUAAACGUCAGAAUGAGAUCCCGGCGAGGCAGAGGCAGGAGCUUUCUCCUCCGGGACAGCCGAGUCCUUGACAAGUGUAGACACUGGUUCCUGCUCCCAGCACCCCGGCCUCCAGCCUCGGGCACCCCCCUCUCCCGCCCCGUGUGACCUCAUCUCCGCCGAGUGCGGGCUGUCCAGUUCAGUGUAAAACCUCCAGCUCCUUCCCCACCGCAGUGCGACUUUGUCGCUAAUAGCUGAUUGUCUUCAGACACUGUCUUAGCAUUUUCUACCUCUUAACAAGCACCGUAUUUUAGCUCUUGUGUAAGAAGUCGGACCGUCUGUCUUAGGGACACACGUAGCGGACGGAUGCUCUUCCCGGUGUUGUGCCUGGCGCAGCCCCCGAUGUGGUACCCGCCCACACUCCCCACGUGCGCCCCCCUUUGGGAGUUUCUCAGCGACCUGGAUACCGCGGAUCGUAACUGCCGAAGGGGGGACCUGGUCUUUGUGAAUGUGUCCUUUCCGACGACAAGACUAGGAUUUGUGCGGUUAGUUCCAUUGUGUCACCAAAGCUGUUCCCACUUGGGCCCAGAUUACAUGAAGACCAAAGCCUAAUUUCUAAGCCUUUUAUUCUACUGUUCAUAACAAUUCUGUGGAGUAUGAAAUAAAAUGAUGCGGUACAAAAGGGUUUCUCCCGGAAACGUUUUUUUUUUAGAUAUUUCCAUAAUAGCUUCGAGCGUGUAGGAUGCUAUGAAUAAGAAGUAGAAUAAAUGGCAG